UCUGUCCGUGGGUUUGCAGAGAGAUAAAAACUGAGGAGAGGGUUGCAGCUAGAGUACUCAGGUGUGGAUCCUGGGGGCUGGCGUGAUGGCUACGGGCGCGGAUGUACGGGACAUUCUAGAGCUCGGGGGUCCAGAGGGAGAAGCCGCUUCUGGGACCAUCAGCAAGAAGGAUAUUAUCAACCCGGAUAAGAAAAAGUCCAAGAAGUCCUCAGAGACACUGACCUUCAAGAGGCCUGAGGGCAUGCACCGGGAAGUCUAUGCUUUGCUUUACUCUGACAAAAAGGAUGCACCCCCAUUACUGCCCAGUGACACUGGUCAGGGGUAUCGAACAGUGAAGGCUAAAUUGGGGUCCAAGAAGGUUCGGCCUUGGAAGUGGAUGCCAUUUACCAAUCCAGCUCGAAAGGAUGGCGCUAUGUUUUUUCACUGGCGACGAGCAGCGGAGGAGGGCAAGGACUACCCUUUUGCCAGAUUCAAUAAGGGUUGGCUCCAGGCGUGCUCAGACCCAGCCAUGGCUACCCACUCAGUUCUAAGUCAGGUUCUGUGGAUCUCUUUUGCCUAUUGGAGUCUGUCUUUCCCUGGAUCUACUGUGGCCAUUCAGAUGUUGCUGAUGCUGAGAGCUGUGUCCCAGACAGUACAGGUGCCUGUGUACUCAGAGCAGGAGUACCAACUCUACCUUCAUGAUGAUGCAUGGACUAAAGCAGAGACUGACCACCUCUUUGACCUCAGCCGCCGCUUUGAUCUACGCUUUGUAGUCAUUCAUGAUCGGUAUGACCACCAGCAGUUCAAGAAGCGUUCUGUGGAAGACCUGAAAGAGAGGUACUACCACAUCUGUGCCAAGCUUGCCAACGUGAGGGCUGUGCCAGGCACAGAUCUCAAAAUACCAGUAUUUGAUGCUGGUCAUGAGAGACGGCGGAAGGAACAGCUGGAGCGGCUUUACAAUCGGACCCCAGAGCAGGUGGCAGAGGAGGAGUACCUGUUACAGGAACUGCGUAAGAUUGAGGCCCGGAAAAAAGAGCGGGAGAAGCGCAGCCAGGACCUGCAGAAGCUGAUUACAGCAGCAGACACCACUGCUGAGCAGCGGCGCACAGAACGCAAGGCUCCCAAGAAGAAGCUGCCCCAGAAGAAGGAGGCUGAGAAGCCGGCUGUUCCCGAGACCGCAGGCAUCAAGUUUCCAGACUUCAAGUCGGCAGGUGUCACACUACGGAGCCAGCGGAUGAAGCUGCCUAGCUCUGUGGGUCAGAAGAAGAUCAAGGCGCUGGAACAGAUGUUGCUGGAACUUGGUGUGGAGCUCAGCCCCACGCCCACGGAGGAGCUGGUGCACAUGUUCAACGAGCUGCGGAGUGACCUGGUGUUACUGUACGAGCUCAAGCAGGCCUGUGCCAACUGUGAAUACGAGCUGCAGAUGCUGCGGCACCGGCAUGAGGCCCUCGCCCGGGCAGGAGUGCUGGGGGCCCCUGUCACACCAGCACUGGGACCAGCCCCGGCCGCUGCUGAGCCAGCAGUGUCUGAAUCUGGACUUGGUCUUGAGCCCACCAAGGACACCAUCAUUGAUGUAGUGGGUGCACCCCUCACACCUAACUCGCGGAAACGACGGGAAUCCGCCUCCAGCUCAUCUUCUGUGAAGAAAGCCAAGAAACCAUGAAGGGCCAUCAGGGUUGGUGGUAUGGUGUAAAUAGAGCUGUUAAGUUGGACUGA